ACUUCGAUAUGGCUAGAGAUAGGAAGCGUACAAACUCUGGCACGAGCGAUCAAAAGCCAGUGAAGCCGGUUGGUAGUGCAUCUUCAACACUUUACAAUAGUCAACCAGAAGGUCUGAAAAGCUAUCAAUAUCCAGCUGUUGUACCCCCAACUGCAGAGGAAGCAGCGAGAUUAGCCCACCAGACACCACCACACACUCAACCAACCACUGUAGCAGACGCUGAGGAUAUGUUCGCUUAUUCCACCACGUUUAGAAAGACAUCCAUAGAGUCACUCGCUCAUAAGCCAUCGAUUACUCAUCUGAAGCCAUCAGAACUCCCGAGCGCUUUUGACAGUGCAGCCGCAGAAAAGGAAGAAGCCGAAGAGAGAAGGAGAAUGCUUGUCCAUUCGCUCGAAUCAGAUCCAGCUCAUUCGUCAACCCCGUCAGCACAAUAUGCUAAACUUUCUGUUGAGCAAACUAUCGCUAAACUUAACACUCACCCAAAGAACGGUCUAAGUACUGCAGACGUGCAAGAGUUACGCCAUAGGUACGGUUUCAACGAGUUCUCUGUCGAGGCAGGCGAUAGUUUAUUCAAGAAAUUCUUCCAACAAAUUUACGAGAGUCCUCUCAUUCUUCUCUUACUUGGUUCAGCUGUCGUUUCAGCUUUAGUAGGCAAUGUUGAUGAUGCAAUUAGUAUCUCAUUAGCAGUUAUUAUCGUCUUAACUGUUCAAUUCGUACAAGAGACACGCUCAGAAAAGUCCUUACAAGCACUCAACAAGCUUGUACCACACUACUGUCAUUUGAUUAGAGGUGGCCAACUCUCAUCACCACUCGCAAACGAUCUCAUUCCAGGUGAUCUUAUUACCUUCUCCACUGGUGACCGCGUUCCUGCUGAUAUUCGCAUUAUUGAGGCUGUCGAUCUUGAAUUAGACGAAAGUAACCUCACUGGUGAAACAAAGCCAACUAAAAAAACUACUGUACCAUCAACUCACAUGAACGUUGGUGUUAGUGACCGUAACUGUAUUGCACACAUGGGUACCCUUGUCAGAAGUGGUCAUGGUAAAGGUUUAGUUGUUGGUACAGGUUCAGAAACUGAAUUUGGUGUUGUCUUCACAAUGAUGCAAGACAUCGAAGAACGUCGAACUCCUCUUCAAUAUUCCAUGGAUGAACUUGCCAAGCAACUCUCACUUAUUUCUUUUGCUGUUAUUGGUGUCAUCUUCGUCAUCGGUAUCAUUCAAUCACGCAGCUGGCUCGAGAUGUUCACGAUUGGUGUAUCUCUCGCCGUUGCAGCCAUCCCAGAAGGUUUGCCAGUUGUCACGACUGUCACACUCGCACUUGGUGUUCUCCGCAUGAGCAGACGUAAGGCCAUCGUAAAGAAACUUCCAUCGGUUGAAUCUCUCGGAUCAGUUAGCGUCAUUUGUUCAGAUAAAACUGGUACACUCACGAAGAACGUCAUGACAGUUACAAAAGGGUUUACUGUUCCAGAUGGUCCACUCGUUUUGGAAAACAAACUCGACAAGAUCAGCCCAGCACUAGAACGCACUUUCCUUAUUGGUAAUCUCUGUAAUAACGCACGCAAGGAUGAACACGGCCACAACGUUGGUCAACCAACCGACGUAGCCCUCAUCAAUAUCGUUGAAGAGCAAGGAAUGGUUGACAGACGUACUACAUUCGUACGUCGUCAUGAGCAGGCUUUCUCAUCUGAUACUAAGGUUCAAUUCGUGACUGGAACACUCGCAAGUGACACUGAUGGUGUACCAGCAGAAUGCAACUAUCUCAAAGGUGCUUUAGAGAGAGUCUUAGAACGUUGUGACACCUACCUCGCUGCAUCUGGUCACCACACGGUACCACUCGAUGAUGCAACUCGCAACCUUAUUUUCGCAAGAGCUGCUGAAUGUGCUGACAAAGGUCUUCGAAACAUAGGUAUGGCAUAUCGUAUAAGCAGUAAUGUCACCGACUUCACCGGUGGAUUCGUCUUUACAGGUUUCCAAAGUAUGCAAGAUCCACCAAGACCUGGUGUAGCUGCAUCAAUUGCUUCUCUUCAAAGAGCCGGUAUUCACGUCGUUAUGAUCACAGGUGAUGCAGAGCGUACAGCCUUGGCCAUCGCAAGGGAAUUAGGAUUAUGUGUCAGACCAUCAUCUCCAAUCACCAACUCACGUAGAGACACCAGCGAAUGCCUCACCGGUGCAGAACUUGAUACGAUGUCCGAGAGAGAAUUAAUGGAACGUAUCAACAGCGUUAGCGUCUUCGCAAGAACCUCACCAAAGCACAAGAUGAGAAUUAUUGGUGUCCUUCAAAAGCUUGACAAGGUUGUUGCUAUGACUGGUGACGGUGUCAAUGAUGCACCUGCUCUCAAAAUGGCUGAUAUUGGCGUUAGUAUGGGUAAAGGAGGUACAGAUGUUGCCAAAGAAGCUGCUGACUGUAUCCUCGUCGACGACAACUUCGCAACACUUCUUCCAGCUGUAGAGGAAGGAAAGAGUAUAUUCUAUAAUAUUCAGAACUUCUUAAGCUUCCAACUUUCCACCGCUGUAGCUGCACUCAGCUUGAUCACUAUCUCAACUGCUCUUCGCAUGCGCAACCCACUCAACGCUAUGCAAAUUCUCUUCAUUAACGUUAUUAUGGAUGGACCUCCUUCACAAUCCCUCGGUGUUGACCCAGUCAACAAAUCAGUUAUGAAGCGCCCACCACGUCCAAAGAACGCUUCAGUUAUUACUCAAAGACUACUCACUAGAGUACUCUUUUCAGCAUCAAUUAUUAUCACAGGUGUACUUUUCAUUUACGCUUAUGAAAUAGGUGACGGAUUUUCAACACGCGAUCAAACUAUGACAUUUACAGCCUUCGUUGUUUUGGACCUUGCUAGUGCACUCCAAAACAGAGGUGUAACAUGUGGAUUCGGUGAUAACAAGAUGCUUCUCACUACAGUUGGAGUUUCCUUAUUCGCACAAAUGUGCUUUGUCUAUAUUCCUGCUUUACAAGCUGUUUUCCAAACUGAAGCACUCGCAUUGAGAGAUUUAGGUGUACUUGGUAUGCUCGUACUUUUCUCCAUCGGAUUGCACGAAAUUAGAAGACGCUGGGAAAGGGAACAGGAAAGGAAGGAUGCUCUCUUUUCAUUCUCCAAUGACGAUGUGUAAAUAUGUUAUCUUGUAUAAUCAACUCAUCAAAAAAUACGAUCACGUAGAACUCUUUUCUCUUAAAAUAUUUGUUGACUCAUAAAAAAUCUAUGCAUGCGACACUUU